AUGUGCUGCUCUUCAUCACAGGUCUGGUCGCCGGCCGCUCCGUUCCCGAGUGGUCCCUGUAUGUCGGAUGGAUCUGCCUGGUCUCGGGGUUGUUGUGGAAAAUGCCGCAACUGGGAAAAGAGAAGCAGUACUGGGUGGGAGCUUGUCGAGAAACAACCUUCUGCCUACUACAUCGACAGCAUAGCAGUCUACAUGGUUGCAGUGAUGCAUGAGAGGCGCUUCGAGAGCAUCACUCUGCAGGACAAUGUCCGGCUCCUACUGGAAUACCUCUGCCAGUUUCAGGCCUUCGAAGCCGCCAUGACACAAGCACCAGAGCUCAACGCGGAUGAGGCUGCUCUGUAUCUCUGCGCAGCCUGCGCCUUCUACGCCUCCAAUGGUCGCGCAUUGCAGAAGAUCGGCAAGUUGGCCAGAGCCAUGUGUUGCCAGGUGAUGCCUUCGCAGAAUCCUGGCUGUUUCGUCAACCGCUAUGACGAAACCUAUAGCCUGGCGGAACAUUGGCGAGAAGCUGUGACGCACAUGCGCGCAGGGGGUGGCUGCAACGACUUGAUCUUCAGCGGACAUGCUUCGGUCUUGACCUUCUGCGUCUUGCUGUACCAAGACUUUGGCGCCAGCAGAUGGCUUCAGAGCUUUCUCUGGUGUCGAGUGCUUCAUGCGUCGUUGCGCAUUGUCCAAAGUCGAAGCCACCUUUCUGUGGACAUCGUUGUGGCCGUCAUCUUGGCGCUGCUGCUGUGGCAUCUGGUGCCAGAAAAACCCAAGGACGAAGAGUUCUUCGGCAGUGCUCUGGUGCGGUCUUCGGCCAUAGGCUGGAGCAGCGCGCUGGUGGCGUCCUUGGCCCUGCUGGCGGCGCUGCUGACGCAGCCUGAUGCAGGGCCCAUGAGUCUGGCGAAUCAGCUGCGCCUGGCGCAGGUAUCAGUCGCCCCAUCGAGCUCGGUGGGCCGUCAUACGGGCCCUCGAAUUUACUGUGCCAUGAUGCACAUCGAGACUUCUCGACAGGCGCGGCGCGGCUAUUUGCAGCAAGGGCAAGCAACCUGGGCCACUCAUUGUGAUGGCUACAUCAUGUGGGAUGAGUCUCGCGAAGACAUUGCAGAAUUCGACAGUGUCGUUGCCUCGAAAGAUCCACUGGACAUCAGGCUGAAACCCUCCGGCCUGUCACAUCGCUGGCUACGCACGCGUCGCCUUUGGCGUCACCUCAGCGGAACGGAAUUGGAGAAGUACGACUGGUUUUGCGUCUUUGAUGAUGGCGGCUUUCCCAUUAUCGAAAAUCUGCGACCGCUCGUGCGGCAUCUGUCGCCUGAUGAUGCGGUGAUGAUGUCGGAUCGAGACAGGCCUGCAGCUUUUGGAUCGCUGCUGAGUCGUGGUGCCGUACGAGUGCUUCAGGGGUUGUUGGACAAAGAUCGCCACUGCCCCCGGCCCACCAAGCAGCAACCGCUGACAAAGCUGCAGGCGUAUUCCACGCUGUGGAGCUGCUUAGUGCGUGCUCCUGACGUCCGUCGCAUCACCUGGGACCAGCCCGACAUGCGACACCUCUUAGGUUGCCAAGAUGGUGAUGAACCAGUGCUGAACUUCAAGGCCCGGCAAGCGGAGCCCUUGUGUCGCUACACGGCCUUUGCCUUUAUGAUCCCGGAGCCCUCGUGGCAUGCCACCAUCCACCAGGUGCUCUACGAAAGCGAUCGUUACCAAAAAACCGUUGCGGGCGGCCGCGGAAAGCGUUGGUUUGAGAAAGAGGAGAAAUAUGAGGAGAACCUGGGAGACUUGUUGGAGGCCGACACGACCGUCGACACGGUGGUCUUCUUUAAAGCCCUGGGGCAGGAAGAGCAAGGGCCCUUCACACAGGACUUUCUAGCCAAGCUUCUCAUCACGCUACAUUGGUGGGGAGAUGUGGACAUCAGCAGUCCAUUGGCGCUGCUGCCGGAGGAUGGCUAUCGAGAGGCUUUAGAGAAGGUCAUGCAAUCCGAGGAAGGCCUGUUCGUCAGCCACCCCAACUCCCCAUCUUGGUUGGCAAACAUGCCCCCGCAUUCGAAGGAUGUCUUCUGCGUGAACAUGUUUUGCUUGGACCAGGCCUUUCAGACCCAAGCGUUGGAUUUUCUGCUGCCGGCCUUCUCCUUGUUCCCGGAGAAGGACUACUGCAUCAUCACGCAGCCCCACACUGCACCCAACACGCCGUUGCUCAAUGCGUUUACCAUUGUGCCACCGCAGCCACAAAACACCUUCGGCCAUGUGCUCUAUUUGAUCCAUCGUGCAUCGUUAUUGGGGCCACCCAAGGUGGUGUCAUUGAAACCUCACCUUCUGGAGCAAGUUCACCCGCUGCUGGAUGUCUUUGAAGAAGAGACCCGGCAGGAAAUCAUCUCCCAGUCGAAGCUUUUCUUGCAGGAGAGAAAAGCCAGUGAAUUGGAAGUCUUUGUGGUGGAUUUCGAUAGCCAGGUGGUAGGUCUCAUUAUGUUGCAGAUGCCCAACGCGGAUGUGGUGGAUCGGUUGAGAUGUUGCUACCACUUGGACGAUUAUCUGCUGGUGGAACACCACGAAACCGGUGGUUUCAGCAACAAGGGCCAUGUGCGACUCUUGCACUGGGUCCUGAAUCCACUCUUUCAGAAGUACACGCGGCGUUUGCUUCAGGGUGCCCUGCGAAUCUGCGGCAAGACUGCUCUGUUCUUGGAGACAGAGUUGAAAGAGUCCGUUUCUUCCAUCUACAGGGAACUCCUUCAAGUUGCGCCACGGAGGCCUCCUCAGUUGAAAAAGAUCCUGCGAGAACCGCCCAAGGUGGCUUCCUUUUGCAACAUCGAGGAGGAGCUCCCGACCGAGGAGGAUCUUCGAGAGAAGGAAAGACAGCAGUUGCUGAGGGAUCUGGAGCAGACUAAGGCUCUGUCCAUUGUGGCGAAGAAACUGCUCAGUGAGACCAAAAUCCCGGUGAACGCUCGGAUUGUGGUGGUUGGUGCCAGUGAUUGCGGCCUGUCAUUCUUGGAGAGUUUGCUGAGCAUUCCUCAUCUUCUCUUCAAUUCCCUGACCCUCCUGGCACCAGGUGGCCUCGAGUAUCAUCACGCGCAUCAUCUGCCACUGGUUGCAGGCACAGCGGCAUAUUCACAUCAGGAACUUCGACGAAUUAUGUUGGAGUUAAGGGUCCGUAUCUUGGAUAGUCGCAUGGUGCACAUCGACAGACAGCAAAAGUGCUGCAUUCUGCACGAUGGCUCCAUGCUGCCCUAUGACUACCUGGUUGUGGCAACAGGCUUGCAAGAUGAUGCCCUGCACGCCUUGAAGAUUCAAUCCAUGGGCGUGGAGCAUGUCACAGAUGGAUACCGGCGGGUGAAUGGUGCCAUGAGUGCAGCAGAUCCAUCCAUUCGAGACUUGUUGGUUGAGGGUGGCACCUUAGUCAAAUCCUUGAUUUGGAACCCGCUGUCCUAUGCCGUGGUCUAUGGACGUUCGCUGAAUGCCUACUGCGUGGUCCAAGGCCUUUUGCUGCGAAAGGUCCCGGCAAGGAAGAUCAUCUUGGUCUUGCCUUCAAGGUCGCAGGAGUCGCAGCAGGGUGAUAUCUCAGUGAACGCCUUCUACGAGGGAGAUGAGGUGGAGAAGAAGAUUCACCACAUCUUGGAAACCAUGGGUCUGAAGGUCUAUGAGGGUUAUCGCUUGUUGGGCAUCCAGCAAUGCACGCGAGGACGCUUGAAGGGCCUCAUCUUUGAAGACCACAACGGCGGGGAAGUGGUUCCCCUGCCAGCGGAAGAGACGGCGGAGCGGGAACGAGAGAAAAGGUUUCCCGCGCCGGAAGCCGCACGCGCACCCAUGGGAAUCUUGGAGGACUUCGGUGCCAGCCCGGCGAAGCUGCCGCAGAAGUUGCUGGCCUGCCGCAUUUGCAUCACAGCAGAUGCUGUGAAUGUGGAUCCGGACAUCUUCAACUCGGUGCACGGCAACGGCUUGGUCUAUGAUGGCAGAUUGAUUGUGGAUCACAACUUUGGUACCACUGACCCUGCCAUCUACGGAGCCGGGUCUCUGUGUGAAUUCAGCCGACGUUUCCAGCGACAGAACUCGCGCUACCUGCGGCACGAUGGCUUCAAUGGCAGAGAGGUGGGAGCCAAGUUAGCAGGCGCAUUGCUGAAGCGCUUAGAUCCUGUGAAUGGCGACAGCGUGGCGGCUGGUGGAGUGGGCAUGACCACGCAAGAUCUGCCAAGCGCCUCGAUGCUGACGGCCACAGAAGAGGAGUCUUCGCCAGAUCUGCUUCCUGAAUUCUACAUGCCUAUUGCGAAGGGCGGCUUGCUGCCCGGCUCUCUGCAUUACUAUCGAAUUCACGCGUGUCGAAGAGGUGACAUGCAGGAGGAGCCGAGCAUCGAGGAACAGGUUAUCGUCACAGACACCUUGGACUUGGCCAAUGGCACUGGACAUUUCUGCCGUUUGACCUUAGAUGCCUUCGGAAAAGUGGAUAGCAUCACUUACCUAGGUGGUGAGGCUCUGCAAGUGGAAUCUCUUUGGAGUUUAGUAGGUCUCUCAGAGACCUUCUUGAACUACCUCUACCAGAGAUGGAGGGAUAACGACAUCCCAGACAUUGUGGAGUUCCUGGCAGAUGAAUGGGCCACAGCUCUCUUCCACGAUCGCUUCAUGGAUUUCUGUCAUCAGAUCAAGCUGGAGAUGUUAGCAUCCGAAGAGGUGAAGGAUUUGAUCAACAAAGCCUUAGAAGCUGUGAACCUCAAGGAAGGCUUGUCCAGGAAGUUGCUGACCGACAUCCGAAAAGAUUUGCCUUCAGACAGUGUGAAACAGAUUCAGGACCAUUUGCUGGACUAUUUGCAAGAGAAUACCAAUCAUUUGAAGACCUACUUCCUGUCGUGGCAGUGGGCAGAGCAAGGUGCCCGAAAAUGAGGGCAGACGCUUACAGCGGAAACAAGGGCCAAGGGUGUCUCGCCGGCGAUGGGUUUCACCCAAUUCAGAGGUUUCACAGUGGAAAUCCACCAAGCCUCGUGGCUUUGUUGUGUGCAAAGUGAAAAAG